AGAAAAUUCUUUAACCUCAUAAAAGAUCUCAAUUUAUUUUUCUUUUCGGUUCACGUUUUGCAGCGACCACGUCGUAAGCCAAAACUGAAAAUGCAGAUUUUCGUGAAAACGUUGACGGGUAAAACCAUUACCCUUGAAGUCGAGGCUUCUGACACAAUCGAAAAUGUCAAAGCUAAAAUCCAAGAUAAGGAGGGAAUUCCUCCAGAUCAGCAACGUCUGAUUUUUGCUGGAAAACAGUUGGAAGAUGGACGUACUCUUUCUGACUACAACAUCCAGAAAGAAUCAACUUUACAUUUGGUACUUCGUCUCCGUGGUGGUGUAAUCGAACCAACACUCAAGAUCCUCGCACAAAAGUACAACUGUGACAAGAUGAUUUGCCGUAAAUGCUACGCUCGUCUCCACCCAAGAGCCACUAACUGCCGUAAGAAGAAGUGCGGACACACCAACAACAUUCGCCCAAAAAAGAAGUUGAAGUAGACGUUCCAUCUUUUACCAACUUCACUACCAGGCUAUUCAAAAUAUUAUAUUAUUUGUUCCAACAAACAAAACUUUCAUUCUGUAGCCUGUAAACCCUUCAGCUCUAGCUAUCAAACUUUAUCUCAUGACCACUCAAUUUUUUUAAAUACCCGUGGGUCGAAGGGUUAAAUUAUGAUUUCAAAUAAAAAAAAUCAACAAGUA